UUCUCAAUAACAACCAAAAAAAAAAAUGGAGGUGUCUAAUAAGAAAAUAACAUCUCCAUUAUUUACUUUCUUGUUUAUUUCAUCUAUCUUUAUUCAAUUUUUUCCUUAUGUUUCUUGUAUAGGUGUUAACUAUGGUACCCUUGGCAACAACUUACCCCCACCAUCACAAGUUGCUCAAUUCCUCAAAGACAAAACUAUAAUUGAUAAAAUCAAAAUCUUUGAUGUUAAUCCAGAUAUCUUAAAGGCCUUUGCUAACACAAACAUCUCAGUUACUGUCACUGUCCCCAAUAGUGAAAUCCCAAAAUUGCAAGACAUUGGUUAUGCAAAAAGCUAUGUUGAAGCAAACAUUAAGCCAUUUUAUCCACAAACAAAAAUUGAUGUAAUUGCUGUUGGAAAUGAAAUCCUUCAUUGGGAAACACCAGAAGUACAAAACAAGUUAGUUGGUGCAAUGAGGACACUAUAUCAAGCACUAACACAAAGUGGUAUCAACACUGUUAAAGUGUCAACACCCCAUUCUUUAGGAAUUUUAUUGAGUUCAAAUCCACCAAGUCUAGCUAAAUUUAGACCAGGUUGGGAUGUAGGUAUCCUAGCACCAAUGUUACAGUUUUUACGCGAAACGAAAGGUCCUUUCAUGGUGAACCCUUAUCCAUACUUUGGUUACAACCCUGAACAAGUUGAUUUCCUAUUGUUCAAACAAAACAAAGGCGUUUUCGACAACUUUAGUAAAAGGACAUACACAAACAUGUUUGAUAUGUUGUUGGAUGCUGUAUUUAUGUCAAUGAAAAGACUUGGUUAUGAUGAUGUUGAUAUUGUUGCUGCUGAGACAGGAUGGCCAUCAUUUGGUGAAAGCUUUGAACCACAAUGUACUGUGGAGAAUGCAGCAGCAUACAAUGGUGGAUUGGUUAGGAAAAUUGUUGGUGGAGUAGGGACACCAUUGAUGCCAAAUAGAAAAAUUGAUACAUAUAUAUUUGGUUUGUUUAAUGAGAAUACUAAACCAGGUUCUAAUGCUGAGAGGAAUUUUGGAUUGUUUAGACCUGAUUUUACUCCUGUUUAUAACGUUGGAAUCAUGAAAGGACAACAAGUCUUGCCAUUCCCACAACCACCAAAGCCUCUUCCACAACCGCAACCGCAACCGCAACCACAACCAAGAGGCCCAAUUCCUGUGGCAAAGCCAGGCCCAAAAGUCCCAGUCCAACCAGCCCCAAGACUACCAUCCCAUCCAGGCCCAAAACAUUCAGCCCGUCCAGGCCCAAAACUGCCAGCCCAACCAGCCCCAAGACUGCCAGCUCAACCAGGCCCAGUAUUGCCAGGCCCAAAACCUGUAGGCCCAAUGGGGAAGAAAUUUUGCAUGCCCAAACCACAGGCUACAGAUGCACAAUUGCAGGCCAGUUUAGAUUGGGCCUGCACUAAUCAAGGUGUGGAUUGUGGCCCAGUUCAAGCUGGAGGCCCAUGUUUUGACCCAAAUACUGUUAGGUCUCAUGCAGCCUAUGUUAUGAAUGCUUACUACCAAAUCAAGGGCAAAAAUGACAUCAACUGUGAUUUUUCGGGUUCCGCAGCCAUCGUCUUCGCUGAUCCAAGUUAUGGUACAUGCAAGUACCUUUCUUAAAUUCUAUGGACAAAAAAGGAAGAUUUUGAAGCUACUCCAACAUUUAAAGGAUUAGUUUUGACAUAUUGAAAUUUUGAUUUUUAAAGAAUUUGUUUCUUUGAUGUUUUCACAAACUAAUCAAAUUAUGUUGAUGUGUAGUAUGUAUUUGUUGCAAAUAAAACAAUAAUAAAAAAAAUGUUGCCUACUUCA